AUGCCCGGCAGUCUAAAGCAGUUUCUCUACCUGUGAGCCAAUGAAGAGAGAAAGCCUGUGCCAGAGUGGGCGGUGAAAACACUUGGAACUGAGUCUUGAGCACAGAGGGCUAGUGUUGCGGCUCUACUUCUCUUAUUUUGCAGCGAGAGGAAACUGUCGCUUUGUUUUCAACUUGUUUGCAACUGUGUUGAUUAUCAAGAUUAAGAUUUAUUUAUUUGUUUGUGAGAGCCGAACUGAAGGACUGCAUUGGGAGAUUUUCACACUCAAUACAAAGAAAUACGGAAGGAGGGUACUUUUAUAUUUACAAGCGGCAUUGUUUUCAGUUUGAAUUACAUUAAAGGAAGGGUUUUUGGUAGAUCUUAUUUAAAAUAUAUGUAUCUAUUAUUACAUGCGUACAAUUCCAUCACUGUUUUAAGAAUAUACACUUUUUAACGCGUUGUUAGAAUUAACUAGUUCGUUUUUAUUUAUUUAAUGUAUUUAUUAUUUUGUAUUGAUUUUACAUUGCAAUUUUUAAACUCGCGGGGGUAGCCGUCUCUUAUUAACAACCAGGAUAAAAGGAGAGAAGGUAAAUUACAGUAUUUAGAACGGGAGUAAAUAAACAGAAUGGCGGAAGUGGAAGAGUUAGUUAAUACAGUCGAAUUUAUCAAAGAUCGUCUGUAUUUUGCCAUUCUUCACCAGAAACCCAGAAGUACUUCAGAAAGGCACUACUUCUGCAUAGAUGAAGAGCUUGAAUAUGAAAACUUCUAUGCAGAUUUUGGACCUCUUAACCUGGCCAUGUUUUAUCGCUAUUGCUGUAAGCUGAAUAAAAAGUUAAAGUCCUUCACACUUGGAAAAAAGAAAAUUGUUCACUACACUUGUGGUGACCAGAAAAAACAGGCUAAUGCUGCUUAUCUUAUAGGCUCAUAUGCAGUAAUGCACUUGAAGAAAACCCCUGAAGAGGCUUAUCGGCUUUUGGUAUCUGGAAACACCUCCUACUUGUCUUUUAGAGAUGCUUCUUUUGGCACUUGCACAUACAAUCUAAACAUCCUUGACUGUUUACAUGGAGUCCAUAAGGCUCUGCAAUAUGAUUGGCUUGACUUCUCUGACUUUGAUGUUGAGGAGUAUGAACAUUAUGAGAGAGCAGAAAAUGGAGACUUUAAUUGGAUAAUUCCUGGGAAGUUUUUAGCCUUCAGUGGACCACAUCCAAAAAGCAAAAUUGAAAAUGGCUAUCCUCUUCAUGCACCUGAAGCCUACUUCCCUUACUUCCGAAAACACAACAUCACCACAAUAGUUCGUCUAAACAAGAAAAUGUACGAUGCCAAGCGAUUUACUGAUCUAGGUUUUGAGCACCACGAUCUUUUCUUCGUUGACGGAAGUACACCGAGUGAUGCCAUAGUCAAGAAGUUCAUAAAUAUCUGUGAAAAUGCUGAGGGUGCCAUUGCUGUUCAUUGCAAAGCUGGUCUUGGCCGAACGGGUACUCUAAUAGGAUGCUACAUGAUGAAGCAUUACAGGUUAACUGCAUCUGAAACCAUUGCAUGGAUAAGAAUCUGUAGACCAGGUUCAGUCAUUGGACCCCAGCAAAAUUAUGUGCAAGAAAAACAAGCUAGCCUGUGGGCAGAAGGAGACAUCUACCGUGCAAAAAUGAGAGAAAGACAAAAUGGAACUAGCAAAGUUGCAGUCACAAGAAUCUUAUCGGGGGUCGAUGACAUUUCAAUUAACGAUAACACAAACAGCAUGAGUGCAAAACUGGAAAUAGAACUGUAUAAUGACGAAGAUGAACGGAAUAGUAUAACUCAAGGGGACAAACUACGUGCUCUGAAAAGCAAGAGGCAAGUUCGAGCAUCAACGGGAUCAUUGACAUUAGAAGAGAACACUAUUCGCACCAGGUCCUCGUCACAAUCAUUUAGAAUCAUUUUGCAAUCCAGUGUACAGAGCAACACGCGUUCAAAAUCUGGAAGCCUUUCAAGUGGCACAGACACUGGGAAAAGAACAAGAUCUACUACAGGACACACAAGCUUAGGGAGCCAGUUGUUAAACUCUAGGCUAGCAAGAUCCUUAGGCAACUUGCAUGCAUUGACUAAUGACCAGGACCAAACCCAGAAUGAGGCAAAAUCAGGCUCUAAACUUGUAAGCAAUUCAACCAACCAGAUGAACAACCUAAAUGCAGUAAACAACUACACCCAGCAGAGAGCAACCACAGAUCACUCUCACACAUCUGAUUCCUCAGAAGGGGAGAAGUAAAACUCAUCGUAUUUACCACAAGCGAUUAAUGCGAUUAUGUCACUCCAUUCCCAAAUCCAGAGUACCGUUGCUUCGCUAAAGAACUUGGGAGUUCAUUCUUCCUAGACAAGAAUAUUGAGUGGACUUUCUUUUUAAGCUUCUGGAAAAUGCAGACUAAUCCUAAAUACUUAUUAUGGAUAUUUCAAUUACAAAUUACUUGUAAACAAUUAAAAAAAAGUUACUUUGAUAAUGGCUUGGACUGCAUUUGGAGUAGUCAGCAAUACACAAGGACCAAUUGUGAUGGCAAUCUUCUUUCUUCAUGUGACUUUUGUAAAUAUCUGUCAUGUACCUUUUUUAAAAAAAAAAAAAAAAGAAAAAAGUAUAUUGUAAUUAGCAUGACUGUACAUUUUAUAUAGUAAUGACAGUAUUCAUUUUUUAUGUUGAAAUAUGUAAGUUCAGUGACACUGUCCUUUCAUAAUUUCUUUAAUGUGUUUUUUUUUGUCUAAGAUGCAGCAGAACUUUGUAUAUUAUGUGAAGCAUUUGAUGUAUUUUCACAAGUACCAGAUUUAAGGCAUUAUGUAUAUAAAGUGGAAUCAUGUCAAGGCUGAAACAAAUACAAUAGUUUAUUUGUUUUAUAAACCAUGUAAUGCCUGUUUUAUAUAAAAUGAUAUAUACUCUAUACAUAUUGUAAGUACAAAUGACAAUAACAUUCCUGCAACCAUGUGGUGUUUUUUUGGGGGGGGGUUAAAACUUGAAGGUAAACUGGUGUUAUUCAAACUACAAAGAUUUGAAAUCAACUGUAAUGUGCUUAAACCUUGUUGCUGCUUAAGAGUGCCACAUACUAGAGGAAGAUCUUCUUGACUUUUCUUAAUGUCUUUUUGAUGCUGUUUGUUAUCAGAGAAGAGCACCUAGUAUAGAACCAGGUUCAAAGAUUUAAAACAAUAUUACAUUUCUAAGUGCCCAAUAAUAAAUGUGAUUGUUUUGUAAAA